UGCUCUGUCCCAGCGCAGGACUUCCCUCUGACUUGCAAGACCGCAUUUAGUCCCACAACAAGUCCAAGUUUCGGAGUGCACGGGAGGAAGAAGCGAGUUUGGAGUGCUCUCCGAGUCGAUAUUUUAACGACUGUGCACAAAAAGAGCACGAAAGGAUCCUUUUUUUUUCUUUUUUCCUUUUUUUUCUUUUUCUCUCUCUUUUUUUUUUUUUUUUACCUGUUGAUGAAGUCCCACCGGGUGUGGGGCGCAGAGGAGCAGUCGGGUUUCUUCACUGUGAAGAAAAGUCAGAAAACGGUGCAGAUAACACACCACUCCAGUGGCCAGGAGGAGUGAAGGACUUCGGGUUUUUUCCUUUUUUUCCCCAGCAGUUGCAGCCUGUGCUGGGUUGGUGGAAAAUGGGCACUCCGACCACUUCGAUCUGUGGACUUAUCCUCCUCACUAUACUCACAUGCCAGCUGGUCACUGUGACUCAGGCCUCCAAAGUGUGGGGAGAGGUCCCUCUGCCAGAAGACUUGGAGGCAGAGAAGGAUGUCCGGGCGUCCCAGAGCUUACUGGAUGAUGACGAAGACUUUGCUGCUGAUGAGGCCUCAGGAGAUCUGCCCAGUGGAGAGGAUGAUGGAAGCACACCAUGGCCUCCAGGCCCUGAGAGCACAAUUUAUUAUUACAGAGCUCUCGUUAACUUCACCGACUCCCUGGUUUACGGCCCUGAGCUCGAAGACAUCUUCUCUCCAGCUUUUAUCGAGAUCUCUGAAGCAGUGGUGGACACGCUGGAGUCAGAGUACAACAGGAUUCCAGGUGUGCAGUCAGUCAGCGUGGUCCUCAUUAAGAAGAUGAUAAGAGAGGAUGGCGUGGAUGUAUUUGUGGAGUUGGAUGUGGGUUCCGACUACAACAGCGACGAAGAGCAGAUCUACAACGUGCUGUACAAUGUGGUGAAGGAGGGAGCCAUCGCUUCCUACGUGACAUCAGUCCAGGGCUUUCAGUUCAGACAGCUUGGGGAAGUCGCCCCCGGCAUCAGACCUUGCAUGCCGGAUGAGCACAGGUGUGGUGAUGGGGCAUGUAUCCUGAUGGAAUACCUGUGUGACAACAGAGCAGACUGCAGAGACAUGAGUGAUGAGAUCAACUGUGAUACAAAACGGCCAAUCGCUCCAGUCACCCCAACUCCUGGCACCACAACCACCGCCAAGAAGCCCCCGCGCCCACCCAGCAUACCUGGACCCUGCAGAGUGGAUCAAGCCACAUGCCAGAGCGGAGAGUGUAUCCCUCGAGACUACAUCUGUGAUGGAGAGAGGGACUGCUCGGACGGAAGCGACGAGUUCAGAUGUGGUACACCAUCUCCCUGUGAACCUAACGAGUUCAAAUGUAAAAACGGUCGCUGUGCCCUCAAACUUUGGCGCUGCGAUGGAGACAACGACUGUGAGGAUAACUCAGAUGAAACAGACUGCCCCACCAAGGGUCCUGGUGACAGGUGUGCUCCUGAGCAGUUUGAAUGCCUGAGCGAUCGCACCUGCAUCCCAGCUAGUUACCAGUGUGAUGAAGAGCCAGACUGCCCUGACCGCUCCGAUGAGUACGGCUGCACCCCUCCCACUGUGACAAGCCCGCCAGAGGAGUCUGUUCAGGCAGCGCGGGGGUCAACGGUGACAUUCACCUGUCAGGCUGUCGGAGUGCCAACACCCAUCAUCACCUGGAGACUUAACUGGGGACACAUUCCUGUCAGUGGCAGGAUAUCCAUGACCAGUGAGAAUGGGCGUGGCACCCUCACCAUUCGUGACGUGAAGGAGGCAGAUCAGGGUGCAUACACCUGUGAGGCCAUCAAUGCUAAAGGCCUAGUGUUUGGUAUCCCUGACGGAGUGCUGACUCUCACAUCAAAUUCAAACCCAGGCAACUGUCCUGAGGGUCACUUCAGUGUGUCGGGCCGCUGUGUGCCCUGCUUCUGUGCUGGAAUCACCAAGAACUGCAAGAGCACCGGCCGCUACCGCACCCAAAUGAGUCUGCGUUUCAAUGAUAAGGAAGACAACAAAGGAGUGAAUGUCACUUACCCAUCCAGGCCAGGCACUCCUCCUCUCUCCACCACUCAGAUCAUCAUCAACCCUGAGAUGGAAGAGUUCCAGCUUGUCGAUCUGUCGCGUCGUUUCCUCAACCUUGACUCCUUCUGGACCUUGCCUCGCCAAUUUCUUGGCAACAAGGUCGACUCCUAUGGAGGAUCCCUGAAGUUUAAGGUGCGCUACAUAUUGGCCCGCGGUCUGACUGAGCCUGUGGAGAAACCGGAUGUGAUGCUUGUUGGAAAUGGACGCAGGCUUGUGUACCACAGAGGCAACGGCACCCCAGCCCGAGUGGCCAACCAGAAAGAGAUCAAAUUUACUGAAGAAAACUGGCAGCACUCCAAUGGCCGGCCUGUGAGCCGCGAAGACAUGUUGAUGACACUGGCCAACUUGGACAGCAUCAACAUCCGCACCAUCUAUGACAACCACAUGGUCAGCGUGGCACUCAGUGACGUCAUCAUGGAUAUCAGCUCCGUGGAGUUCAGCACCAUGGGUCAUGCUAAGAAUGUUGAAGAGUGCAGGUGUCCUCCUGGAUACACAGGCCUGUCCUGUGAGAUGUGUUCCUCUGGUUUCGAGCGUGUCCCCGGUGGCACCUAUCUUGGCACCUGCGCCGGCUGUAACUGUAAUGGACAUGCCAGCGCCUGUGAUACCAUCAACGGACACUGUCUGAGCUGCCAGCACAACACAGAGGGCCCUCAGUGUGACAAGUGUCGCCCCGGUUACUUUGGUGACCCGAGCCGAGGUCGCCCCGAUGACUGCAAACCCUGCCCCUGCCCGUACUACGAGACCUCACGUCGGUUCUCUGACACCUGCUUCAUGGACACUGACCAACAGCCAACAUGUGAUGCCUGCAGGCCCGGCUACACAGGAAGACGCUGUGAAAAGUGUGCUUCUGGUUACCAGGGUAACCCCCUUCUGCCUAAUGGAAAAUGUGUCCCUAACCUGAACUCCAAGUGUGAUAACAGAGGAACCAUCAACUCUAACAGCAGGCCAUGCAGCUGCAAGAACAACGUGGCAGGCGCUCAGUGUGAUGAGUGUAAGGCUGGUUUCUUCCACCUAUCAGAGGCCAACUCUGACGGCUGUCUGCGUUGCUUCUGUAUGGGCGUCACCAAACAGUGCGCCAGCUCCACUUGGAAUAGAGAUCAGGUGCGGGGAGGAGUAAACGGGCAGCUCUUCUCCCUCUCCAACAGUGCCAACACUAAAACUAUCUCUGAAGGCAUCUCUCAGAGGGGCUCCUCUGAAGUUGCCUACCGCUCCUUUUCCAACAUCCCCAACGACAUCUACUAUUGGGUCCUGCCUGAAAGCUUCAGAGGAGAUAAGGUGACGGCCUAUGGUGGGGAGCUUCGCUACACUGUGCGUUUUGAACCCUCCCAGCGCUCACUGGUGAUUGACGGUCAGCCAGAUGUGGUUCUCCAGGGCAACGGCAUCUUCCUUGAACACUACUCUCAGACCAAGGCCCUCCCACGUGUCCCACAAACUGUCACUGUGACUUUCCGAGAGUCUGCAUGGCGUCGUGCUGAUGGGCAGCCGUGCCCCCGUGAGCAACUCCUGAUGGCUCUGGCUGAUGUUACUGUCUUCAUGAUCAGGGCCACCUACGCAGACAACAUGGCUGAGAGCAGUAUCUCAGACAUCAGGAUGGACAUUGCUGUUCCUCACUCCACUGGUAAUGAACGUGCUCUGGAGGUGGAAGCGUGCGCCUGCCCUCAGGGAUACAGAGGACCUUCUUGCCAGGAGUGUGAUGAAGGUUACACUCGCACCAGCUCUGGCAUUUACCUGGGCACUUGUGAUCGGUGCGACUGCAACGGGCACGCCAGCAGCUGUGACCCAGAGACCGGCAGGUGUCUGCAAUGUCUCCAUAACACCGCUGGGCCAAGGUGUGAACGCUGUCAGUCUGGUUUCUAUGGAAAUCCCGCCACGGGCGGUGCUCAGACCUGCCAGCCCUGCCCCUGUCCUGGAACCACAUCCAACAACCAAUUCUCCCCGACCUGCUACCUGGAGUCAGACGGUCAGCCAACCUGUGACAACUGCCCCCCUGGAUACACUGGUCGACGCUGUGAGAGAUGUGCUCCAGGAUACACUGGCAACCCACUGCUUGGACAAAGAUGCCACGUUGGCGAUGUCGUCAAUGGUGACUGCUACAACUGUAACCGAGAAGGAAGUGAGGGCUGCAAUGGUGGUGUGUGUCGCUGCAAGAUGAACGUUGAUGGCCCAUACUGCUCCGACUGCAAGUCUGGAACUUUCCAUUUUAGCCCGAAAAACAAAGAUGGCUGCCUGUCCUGUUUCUGUAUGGGCGUCACUCAGCAGUGCUCCAGCUCUACCUACUACAGAGACCUGGUGUCCUCAGUCUUUUCACCAGGGAACUUCCAGGAAUUUGCUCUGGUCAACCGUCAACGCACCAACCGCAUCUCUAAUGGUUUCUCAGUGGAGGUUUCCACUACCGGCACUCAGCUGUCGUACAGCAACUUUGACAAUCUGGGACAGGAGGUUCAGUACUGGCAGCUUCCUGGGGUCUACCAGGGAGACAAGAAGGAUGUUUUCUCCUCUCGUAUAAAACGAGCAGAGCAGGGUGAUGUCAGACAGAUGGAUGAUCAGGUCUGGGCCCUCUUCUCUAACUUCACCCGUCGACAAGCUGGUUCCCCUCCACUCUCCCCUUCCUCUUUUUCUCCCCAUUCCUCUAAGUCCUCCUUUCCCUCCUCAUCCUCUUCAUCUUCUCGGGUCCCAACUUCCUCUUCUUCUUCCUCCUCCUCUAAAUGGUCUUUACGUAACCUGAGCCCCCCUUCUUCUCCGUCUGGUAUCUCCUCUUCAAUUAGACCAACCAGACCCCAACCCUUCUCCCCAGGCCGUUCUCCUCAUCUGCAGAGCAAGAACACAGUGAGAAAGACUUCUGCUAGUGCUUCUAGGGACAGCAGCAAGUACGCUCUGGUCUACAAAGGUUUCAGCUUGCUCCAGGAUGAACUGCUCUACUGGCAGCUCCCGGCGCAGUUCACAGGGGAUAAGGUGGGUUCGUAUGGUGGUAAACUUAAAUACACCAUUUCCUAUGUGCCUGGUUCAAGAGGAACUUUCAUUGAGGAUGCCAACGUCCAGAUUAUCGGUAAUGACAUCACUCUGGUAGCCUUCCAGACCUGGAAUAGGAACUCGCUGGUCGGCGCGAAGGAGCAUAGUCAGUUUGAGAUUGUCUUCAGAGAGGAAAACUGGCGGCGUCCCGAUGGCAUGCCAGCCACCCGAGAACACCUGAUGAUGAUCCUGGCUGAUCUGGAUGACAUCCUGAUCCGAGCAUCUUACGCUUCUGAGAUGCGCUCCUCCAGUAUCUCUGAUAUCAGCAUGGAAGUUGCGGUGCCCAACUACAGUGGCUUGGCACAGGCCCUCGAAGUGGAGCAGUGCCGCUGCCCACCUGGGUACCAGGGACUCUCCUGCCAGGACUGUGCAUCUGGAUAUACUCGCACUGGGGGAGGUUUGUACCUGGGUCACUGUGAGCUUUGUGAAUGCAACGGCCACUCUGACUCAUGUCACCCUGAAACUGGCAUCUGCACGAGCUGCCUGCAUAACACUCAGGGUGAGCUCUGUGAACAGUGCGCCCCAGGCUUCUUUGGCGACCCCACUGUUGGCACUCCAGAGGACUGCCAGCCCUGCGCCUGCCCUCACACUGACCCAGAAAACCAGUUCUCUCCAACCUGUGAGAGCCUUGGAAAUGGAGGCUACCAGUGUACUGCCUGUCAGCCUGGAUACACUGGCCAGUACUGUGAACGUUGUGCUCCUGGAUACACUGGCAACCCACAGGAGAGGCAGAAAUGUCGUGCAUAUGAUGCUGCAGCCUCCCUGGUGGUGAAGGUUUAUCCAGAGAGGGUCCUGGCUACCCAGGGUGGGCCUGUCACUCUGCGGUGUCAGGUGUCUGGCUCUCCUCCACACUAUUUCCACUGGUCCAGAGAGGAUGGACGUCCCAUCUCACACAGUACUGACAGACGCAGACAAGGAGCAGAACUGUACUUCCCUACUGUUCAGCCGAGUGAUGCUGGCGUUUACGUCUGUACCUGCAGAGACCAGCACAGCACCAACAGGAGCCGUGCUGAAAUUGUUGUCACAAGUGUCCCUUUCAAACCUAUUGAGGUGACAAUUGAGGAGCCCAAAGCCCAGACUGUUAGGGUGGGGUCCACUGUCAGCUUCAUCUGUACUGCAAAGAGCAAGUCACCAGCCUACACUCUGGUAUGGACCCGGCUAGGGAACGGGAAGCUUCCCAACCGCGCCAUGGACUUCAACGGCAUCCUGACGAUUCAGAACGUCCAGCCGGAGGAUGCUGGACUUUACAUUUGCACUGGCUCCAACAUGUUUGCCAUGGAUGAGGGCAAAGCCAUCCUCUACGUGCCAGAAGCCUCACAGACUCAGAUGUUUUACACAGCCUAUGAAAUGUUUGAAGGACACAGAAAGCCUGCAGAGGGGGCUCAGCCUGUUGCCACCAUCACUCCCUCAGUGCUGAAUGUCCAGAAGGGCCAGAGGGCAGAGUUUCGCUGCACAGUGACUGGGAACCCAACCCCUGCCAUCGAAUGGAUCGGAGGUCCAGGGAACAGAAUGAGUCCCAGAGCUGUGAUAAGAGGUGGUGUAUUGACCGUCACAGCAGUGGACUCAACUGAUGAGGGAGAAUACGUCUGCAAGGCCCUGAACACUCAUGGCGAGCACACAGCACGGGCUUCUCUAUUCAUCCAAAAGUCCAACCCAGGUGGCCUAGGCACCCAGCCCCAAGUCCAAGUCAGCCCCCAAAAUGUUGAAGUCCACGAGGGCGACACCUUGAGGUUGUACUGCAGAGCAUCAGGAGCCCCCACCCCGAAGCUCACCUGGCUGAAAAAUGGAGGAGAAAUCCCUCCACAGGCCAUUCCCUCUCAUGGUUUCCAUCAGUUUAAAAGCAACAGUAUCGAUGUGUUACAGAGACGUAUUGAGGAGCUGCAGGCCCGCAUGGACCGCACCGACAUCGGUACUCUGAUCAUCCCGAACAUCGAGAUGUCCGACUCCGGCAUUUUCAUGUGUGUCGGUAGCAACAGCAUUGGCUCAAAUAGUGCACCUGUUAAAGUCACUGUGCUCAAAGCAGACCAUGCCUCCUCAGUUGUUAGCAUCCAGCCAUCUAUAGCUGAUGUCCAGGAGGGCCAGAGUCUGGAGCUCAACUGUUUUGCCCCUGGAAAUCCUCCACCCCAAGUCACCUGGACGAGAGCCAGCGGCCGCCUCUCCUCUAACCACCAGGUUCGUGGCAGUCAGCUGCGAAUCCUGUCAGCCACUCAAGAGGACUCAGGAGAGUAUAUCUGUCGGGCGCAGGGACACACUGGCAACCCAGGAUCUCAUGUCCACCAGGCCUCUGUCUCUGUAUCUGUCACUUCAUCUUCUUCACGUCUUCAGAGUCCAAUCAUCGCCAUCGAGCCCCACAGUGCUGCAGUGCGUGUGGGCGAGUCGGCCAGUUUCAGGUGCAGGGUGUACAGCGGAGCCCAGCCUGUCAGACUGGAGUGGAAACUGGCCAACAACCAACCACUGCCAGAUAAUGUCAAAGUUGGGCCUGAUGGUUCUGUUCUUACCAUUGCCAAUGCCCGCCCUGCCAACCAUGGUGCUUUCCGUUGUGUGGCGAGCAAUCCAUUCGGCAUCACCCACACCAUUGUGUCUUUGAUUGUCAAAGAGACUCCUGUGGCCACCGUCACCCCUGUUGGGCCCGUGCAGGUCAGAGUGGGUGAACCCAUCAACCUUGAGUGCCAGGCAUCAGGAGAGCCCCGCCCUUCAGUCUCAUGGCACCGACUGGACAGCAACCGUAAGACCAUGCUGAGCAGCCCUGUACCAAUGGAGUCCAAUGCCGUCAUGCAGAUACUUGUGGCACGCCUAGAAGACAGCGGCAUGUAUGUCUGCACAGCUCGCAACAAUGAGGGCACCACUGAAACCAGGGUGGAGGUGAUCGUUGAGGGAGGAUCUCAAGUGCCCUCUGUGCCCAGGGCUUCUGUUCCUGAGCCGCUGAUGGUUGUAGUGGAAGGACAGACCACAACACUGCGCUGUGACGCCCACGGUUUCCCACCCCCGACAAUUACCUGGUCCAAGCUGCGGUCUCCUCUUCCAUGGGGACACACGAAGGUGAACAACAGCCUGGUGCUGCCCAGCGUUGGCCGUCAAGACUCUGGAGAAUACAUCUGUAGUGCCACCAACAACAUGGGCACCACUGAAGUCACCAUCAUGCUCGAUGUAGAGACCCCUCCUUAUGCCACCUCUGUGCCCAAUGAUGUGGCAGUGCGGGUUGGGGAGGUGAUCCGGUUGCAGUGCCUGGCCCAUGGCACUCCACCGCUGACCUACGCUUGGACCAAGUUGGAUGGAGAACUGCCCCCAAGGGCCCAGGUUAACGAUAGAGAUCUCCAGAUCAACCUGGCUACCACUGAGGAUGCUGGGAGCUACAAGUGUGUGAUCGGCAACAAAGUGGGCAACAGCGAAGUGAUAGCUAAAGUCACAGUCAGAUCCCCCUUGGCAGUCCGUGUGUCGCCCCAGGUGGAGGUAAAGGGUCGGGGCAGUGCUGUGGAGUUCACCUGUUCAGCAGCAGGUGAAACCAAAAUUGAGUGGCUGAAGGAAGGAGGUGCCCUGCCACCAAACCAUCAUAUCAAGGAUGGAGUGCUCAGGAUUGAGAACCUCGAGCAGAGCAAUGAAGGUGUUUAUAUCUGCAGAGCCAGCAGUGUGUUUGGACAGGCUCAGGACACUGCCAGGCUGACCAUCCAAGCCCUGCCAAAGGUGAUGAUCAAUGUGCGUACUUCAGUGCAGACUGUGAUGAUUGGAAACUCAGUGGAGUUUGAAUGCCAGGCUGUUGGUGACCCUGAGCCCACUGUGAAAUGGAGUAAAGUUGGUGGCUCUCUGCCAGCUCACAUUAUGGUAAAAGGGGGCAUGCUGAAGAUCGAGAAUGUGACGGAGGCUGAUGCCGGGCAAUAUCGCUGUACAGCCACCAAUGAUGUAGGCUCAGUAGAGUCCCAGGUGGUCCUUAAAGUCCAGUCACUUCCUCAGAUUGCUGCACUGCCAGAAACUAAGGAGGUGACAAUAGGGUCUGAUGCAGUCUUACCCUGUCAGGCCUCAGGAUACCCUGUACCUGACAUCAAAUGGUCCAAGCUGGAUGGAGAGCUUCCUCCAAAGUGUUUCCAGGACGUCAAUGUGCUCACAGUUCCUCGGGUCACUGAAGCGGAUUCGGGGACAUAUGUCUGCACCGCCUCUAACAAACAGGGCAAAGUGGACGCCUUUACUAAACUUGAAGUUCAUGAGAGAGUGAUGCCAUACUUUCCCCAGGAUCCCCUGUCCUACCUCACUCUGCCUACCAUCAAAAAUUCCUACCAUGCUUUCAGAAUUAAGAUCAACUUUAGACCUGAUAAUGUUGAUGGUCUCAUGUUGUACGCCGGUACGAUCUUCUACAAUGGCCAGAGGAGGACCACAGGAGCUGACUUUAUCUCUCUGGGACUUGUGGGUGGUCGCGUAGAGUUCAGGUUUGAUGUGGGCUCCGGCAUGGCCACCAUACGCGACCCCAACCCUAUCAAAAUGGGAGAGUUUCACACGGUUGAGGUGUAUCGUAACCACACCCUGGGCUAUAUCAUUGUAGAUGGAGGGGAGCCCAUUAACGGCAGUUCACAGGGCAAAUUCCAUGGCUUGGAUCUGAAUGAGGAGCUGUAUGUGGGUGGUUAUCCCAACUACACACUCCUCGCCAAAACUGCUGGCAUUAAGACCGGGUUUGUUGGCUGUAUCCGUCAGCUGAUCAUUCAAGGUGAGGAGGUCAUUUUCAAAGAUCUCCACCGCAGCGCCACUGGUGUCACAAACUGUCCCACCUGCAAAGAUCGACCAUGCCAGAAUGGAGGGAGGUGCGAGGACUCAGAUGCCAGCUUGUAUAAGUGCAGCUGCCCCAGAGGAUUUACAGGCAGCAAUUGCCAGCAACACUCAUCCCUGCACUGCCACUCAGACGCCUGUGGACCAGACGGCACUUGCAUCAACCAGCAAAACGGCCUGGGAUAUAAAUGCCGCUGCCAUCUCGGCAAGUUUGGAGACAAAUGCAUGGAUGGGGAACUGAUCACCACUCCGCUGUUUGACGGUAUCGAGUCAUACAUAGCUUAUCCUCCCCUCACCAACAUCCAUGAUGACAUGCGUGUUGAGCUGGAGUUCAAACCAGUGGACAGAGAUGGGCUGAUGUUCUUCUGUGGAGGGAAUAAAAUGAAGGUGGAGGACUUUGUAGCCAUCUCCAUGGUGGACGGACACGUAGAGUUCAGAUAUGAACUGGGCAACGGCCAAGCAAUCCUUCAAAGUACAGAACCAGUCUCUCUGGGUCAGUGGCACACAGUUGUGGCCGAGCGGAACAAGAGGGCCGGCUACCUGAAGGUUGACCAAGGCCCAGAGGAGAGGAGGACAUCUCCAGGAAUAACUGAGGGUCUCGAUAUCAUCACCGACAUGUACCUGGGAGGAGUCCCCGACAUGGACAUCCUGCCUAAGCCCGCCAAUGUCAGCAAGAUGUUUGAGGGAUGUAUAGGAGAGGUUGCCAUCAACAACAAGAAGGUGGAUCUGUCCUACAGUUUCACAGAAGACAGAUCCAUUCGCAAGUGUGUGGACAACAGCCCCUGUGACCGCCGGCCCUGCCUGAAUGGUGGUCAUUGCAUGUUUAGUGCUGAAUAUGAGUACCAGUGCCUCUGUAAGGAUGGCUUUGAAGGUGAGCGUUGUGAGGUGGUUUGCCAGAGCAACCUUCAAUGCCAGAAUGGCGGCAGCUGUGUCAACGGCCAGUGUGUGUGUACUCCCGGCCACACAGGCCUGAAAUGUGAAGAAAGCCAGUUCUCCAGCUUCCCAGAGGCCCCAAGGAAUUUGGAAGCUAGCGAGGCGAAUGAUUCACCCUAUCAGUAUGCAGCUAAUUUCCAUAAUGAUGGAUACAUGGCCCUUCCUAGAGCAAUUUUCCCAAGAAGUGCCCAUAACUCGCCACAGACCAUCGAACUGGAGAUCAACACCGGCUCCUCUGAGGGCCUGAUCCUGUGGCAGGGAGUGGAGACCACUGGCGCACGCAAUUUGCGAAAGGUGCAUGCUAGUAAAAAGGAACGUGGAUUAAAUGGCAAGGGCAAGGACUUCAUUAGCCUCGGUCUACAGAAUGGACACCUUGUUUUCAGUUACCAACUGGGCAGCGGAGAGGCACAGAUCUUGUCCCAGAGGUCCAUCAAUGAUGGGAGAUGGCAUAAGGUUACAGCAGUCAGAACUGGAAAAGAUGGAUACAUCCAGAUCGAUGGAGGAGACGAACUACGUGGAGCGUCUAAGGGCAAAAGCCUCAUGGUCGACACCAAAGGCAGUAUAUACCUUGGUGGAGCGCCAAACAUCGCUGCUAUGACAGGAGGGAAGUUUUCCUCGGGAAUGACAGGCUGCGUGAGGAACCUGACACUGACGAACGCCCGGCCGGGACAGCAGCCAACCCAAGCCAUCGACCUGCAAUCCCACGCAGCCCGCGGCAUCAACGUGCAGCCAUGCUCUUCAUAGACCGCAACAUACACAUGCAAAGAUGAACACACACACACACACACAAACACACACACACACUUACAGAUAUACACACAGAGACUAUGGAGUGAUGCCACACAUACACACACACACACAGCAGACUCACACAGAGGGACUGACACACAUAGAGCCUGACACAAACUUGGUGCUUUGCUGCUACCAAAAAACAAGACGACACAACAGGAUACGUUUCUCUGUGUGCAGUUAAACCAAAAAAGAGAGAAAAAUUGAAACGAUAUUAACAAGUCUUCUCUUCCUCAGUGUUGUAUUCUCAAUGAAGGACUAUUAACACAGGAGAUCCAGUUCAGUUUACAUACUUCCAGCAGUAGUUUUAGCCAUGAGAAGAGUAAGAGUAAAACGUAUUAAGCCUUCUACGAUGGGUCAGAUCCUAUGGAGUUGGAGAUGUUUUUACAGCACUGAAUUUUUAUUUAUAUACAUAUGAAUAUAUAUAUAUAUAUUAUAUUUGUGGGGGAAAACAUGCAAACUAACCAUAACUGCUCUUCAACUUUCCUAGAGUUUAUUCUGGGUUCUAAUACUGUGUGUCCAGCGGUUUUAAUAGGCCUAACUGUAUUAAUACUUGAAGACGUUUAGGCCUUCUUUCUUCACUUCUGUAGAGGAACCUUUUUUUUUUUUUUUUUUGCGCGCGAGCAUGCUUGCAGUCUUUUGCCAAUGUUGGGAGAGGAGCGCACACGGUCACAGUCACAUGCAGUUUCAGUACACAACUCAGGUCGUCAAAAGCAAAUUAAUAACCGCAAAUGUUACAAGUACUGCUGCUUUAACUCAAUUGAAAUGAUUUUGCUUCACGAGUCAUUUGCCUUCACAACGCUGUUGUGUCUUCUGUGUCUGUAUUUGUUCUUUUUUAUAAAAAAGAAAGAAACCUUGGUGCUAAUGUCAGACACGAAGUUACAGCACAUAGUCAUACAGUUGCCUGUCGCAUUGUAGGAAUGUACAUUUAGAGAUGUCUUUUAGUAAUUUGGUUACUUAGAUUAAGAAUGCUUCCUUGUAAAACAGAAUACAUUAGUAUUUGCUGAUGUGCGUGGCAUUUGAGGUUUAUUUUAUGAUGAUAUGGCAUGAUUUGUUGCCUCCACAACCUUAUUUGAUUGAGUAGAUCUCAAAAAAGGAGUUUUAAAAAACUGAAAAGGGUGUAAUUUUUUAUGUGUGGUUGUUGAAAAUAUUGUUUUAUGUGUAAAACUAUCUGCCAGUCAGGUAGAUAUCAGUAUCAAUUGAGAAUGACUGUGUGUGUGUUAAGUAGAUAUGUUGGCUAUCUAUGUCUCCAUUUCUCACAGGUCACUCUAAAGCCCCAGUAUAGAGUCAGGUGUGUGUGUGUGUGUGUGUGUGUGUGUGUGUGUGUAUGUAUGUAUGUAUGUGCGUGUCUGUGCAUGUCUGUGCAUGUGUUAUUAUCCAUAUCCUCAGGAGGGUCAACCCAGAACUGCCUCAAGAUGUUACUUAAUUUUAAAUUUUGGUAGCUUUAGUGACACUUCAGUAAGCUAUAAAACUUUGAAGGCUCUGUGGUUCUGUAGGUUGUUUUCUCUUCAGAGGGAGAUUCAUCUGCAGUAGGACACAGUUGGAAUAGUGUUUGUUCGUGUGGGAAUGCAGUUGAAGCCUCCUGCAGGUGCUGUGACCAGUAGUGUAGCUCUAAUAAAGCAUGCUCAGCCGCCGUAGUCGACCACACCACAAAACCACAAUGGCACGAUCACUUUGGGGUUCACCAACCUUUUCUUGUUUUUUUUUUGUAAGCUUAAAAUAUUUGUAUUAAUAUUCUAAAAAUGAGCACUAUCCUUUCACUUAGAGAUGCUUCAUUUUUAUUUAUUUCAUGUUUUGUUUCUCUUUUCCUCUUUUUCACCGCUUACACGGCUUGAUUCUGCUGUUUUAGAGUCAAUCGCAGAAGCUUGCUAUUUUCUUUCCUCUGGUUAUUGUGUAUUGCCUCCCACAUCCCCUUUGUCCCACCCCGGCCACCCCCCAACCCCCCUCUCCCCCACCUCCCCUCUUCCUGGUUAAGUUCUUAAGAAAUUCCCCCCAACAAAGUUCCCUGAUUACAACUUCCCAUGAAGGGUUAAUAUGUGAUCCCUGACUGGAACUACCUGGUAAAAUGUUUGGAAACUGGUGUUAUUACUUACUCAAUGUAAAAAUAGUCUUAGGCUCCAAAUACACUGAAAGGUGCCAUCAUGUUGGUUCAAUUGUGAGCAUGUGUAUUAAGAAGAGCCAAUGUUGUGGUCCAGGUUUAGGACACUGAAGCAGAAUAGGAUGGUGUUUGCUCUUAAACUGGAUUUUCAUAUAUACACUGUACACUGUCGCCCAAUGACUUACUUGUCAAGUAUCUGCCACUGUUUUUUUUUGGUUGUUUUUUAGACCAUUGCAAAAUACAGCUUGGUCAUAAACAUCAAUUGUAUAUGAAAGGUGCACUUUUAGUAAUGAUGGACUUUUUUUUUUCCUUUUUUUUUUUUUCUUGUUACAUUUUGCUGUUACACUACGGAACAGCAGAAAAAGACAAUAACUCGAUUAAAUGAAUGAAAGUGUACCAGAUGAAAUAUUGUCCAUGUCAGGACAACCUGACUGUUCCAUUUCCAGUGUUGAAAGGACGCUCCCCCUGCCCUCAGUGUUUCUUAAUUAAAAACAAAAUUCAUGUGCUA